CCAAGCUCGCCGCUUGCUUGCCAACACACCCAAAAACGGUCAAGCAGUCGACCUCAGAACUCCAUCUUGGAGAGAGUGAGACAGCCAGCUCUUGGACUUGUUCUCCUCAAUACAUUUGAUUGUACUGGGCCAAACGCUCGAACAACAUCAUCUACCCCUCUCUUUCUUGUAACCUGUUUGUUUCGAAAACUCGGAAAGAGUUUCCCCAAGCAGAACAAGGAUCUAUCCAUUGAUCCAUCAUUUCAUGGAGAUCCCAUCGAGGAGGACUGCUUCACGUCAAGUGCAAUCAAAUUGUGCACUUUGAAUCAUUGACCCACCACACCGGGGAGGGAGGCACACUGCGAGUAAAUCUCUGACGCUUAUCAAACUACGAGGCUCUCGCCAUGGCUUCUUCAGGGCCUAACCGCAAAACUCUCCCGAAAAGCACACACCUCAGUGAUGCUGAUUCGUCUUUGAAGGCUCGUGGAGCGCUGGCUGGAGGAAAUGAUAAGGACGUCGUCGGCUCUAUUCUACCCGAUGCUUCAGUUGAGAAACUGCGGGCUCAGGAAAAGGCAGCAUUCGAUUAUCUCGCCCGGCGAGGAAGCGAGGCUGACAAAACUGGAGACGAAGAAGAAGAGUUCGACGACGAGGCCAUGGCUAACGCCGAGAGGGACCUCGCCGAGGAUGCAGAAUGGAAGCGCAUUCAGAAGAACACAUUCACCAGAUGGGCCAAUGAGCAUCUCAAGCAGGCCAACAAACAAAUUGACAACCUCGAAAAUGACCUCAGUGAUGGCCUCAGAUUAAUCGCCCUCAUUGAGGUCCUCUCCGGCAAGCGCAUGCCCAGGCACAACAAGAAGCCCGUUUUCCGGUCGCAGAAGUUGGAAAAUGUCUCGAUUGCCCUCAAUUUCCUUGAGAUGGAAGGUAUCACUUUGGUCAAUAUUGAUUCCACCGACAUUGUGGAUUGCAAGUUGAAACUGAUUUUGGGUUUGAUAUGGACCCUCAUUCUUCACUACGCCAUUUCCAUGCCCAUGUGGGACGGUCCUCCCUUGGGCGGUGGUGCGCAAGAAAAAACGCCCAAACAGAGGCUAAUGGGAUGGGUCAAGGACAAGAUGCCCGAUGUCCCGAUGAACAACUUCACCAAGGAUUGGCAAGACGGUAAAGCCAUUGGUGCAUUGGUAGAUUCUGUCGCUCCCGGUUUGUGUCCUGAUUGGGAGGACUGGGAUCCCAAAAGGCCUGUGGAAAAUGCCACUGAAGCCAUGGAUUUGGCUGAUAAGUGGCUCAACGUACCCAAGCUCCUUAAACCGGAGGAAAUGGUGGAUCCCAACGUGGACGAGCAAUCCAUGAUGACAUAUCUGUCACAGUUCCCCAAUUCCAAAGUGAAACCUGGAGCUCCUCUGCGAAAGAAAACGAAUGUCGGCAAAGUGCGUGCCUACGGCCCUGGCUUAGAAGCCCGUGGUCUGGUGGCUCGAGCACCUGCCAAAUUUACAAUUGAGACCUUUGGUGCUGGAGAUGGAGACGUCCGGGUUGAAGUCAUUGGACCCAACGGACAACCCAUUCCAUGUGAGGUCCUUUUCAACAACGAUCGAAAGAAGACGUACAGCUGCAGGUACUUCCCUGAAGAGGAAGGCAAUUACGUGGUCAAAAUCUUCUUUGCCACACGAGAGAUCCCCAAGUCGCCUUUCAAUGUGUGUGUCGAAGGCUUUGCCGGCGAUGCCAGCGUGGUGACUGCCUCGGGCCCUGGUCUUGAAGCCGAAGGGGUGGUCAUCAACAAAACGACCCACUUCCAUAUUUUCGCCCAAGAUGCUGGUCGUGGUACGCCGGAAGUCAUCAUUCUGGAUCCCAAAGGCAAUAAGGACUCUGUUCCACUCAAAAUUUUGCCCACAGACGAGCCUGACGUCUAUAAAUGUGAAUAUGUGGCGACAGUCCUUGGACUUCACUCGGUUAAUGUGUUUUUCGCGGGCAACCCUAUUCCUCACAGUCCUUUUGGCGUGAAGGUGUCUCCUGCCAGUUUGCCGUCCAAAGUCUGGACCAGCGGCCGUGGCCUUCAACCCAACGGAAUCCGUGUCAAUGAAACGGUCUCGUUCAAAGUUCAUACCGAAGGUGCCGGUGAGGGUGAGCCCGCUGUAAAGAUAUUAGGUCCCGGAGGACUACCAAUUCGAGCAACUUCGAAAAAAAUUGACAACCACACCACCGAGUACACGUACACUCCGUUGAAGCAAGGGCGUCACAUUGUCAUGAUCACCUUUGCCAACCAAGAGAUUCCCAAAUCUCCCUUCGAAGUCAAUAUCUCGUCCAACAAGAAGAGCAACAUUAAAGCUUAUGGACCGGGCUUGAAAGGUGGCAUUGUGAACCGCCCAGCUCGAUUCACCGUUGACACCAAUGGAGAGACCGGAGGUUUAGGCUUCAGCAUCAAGGGACCCUCUCAAGCAGAAAUCAAUUGCAGCGACAACGGCGAUGGUUCUGCUGAUGUAGAUUACAUCCCUACGGCUGUGGGCGAAUACGCAGUUCACAUUCUGAAUGAUGGCGAAGAUAUCCCCGGGAGUCCGUACAUGGCCAAUAUUCUGCCUCAGACCGAUUUCUAUCCAGAGAAAGUCAAAGUAUUUGGCCCGGGCAUUGAAAACGGUGUCAACCCUAAAGAGACCACUUAUUUUACCAUUGACAUCUCGGACGCUGGGGACGCACCUUUGGAUGUGAGUAUCCUCGACGAUUUGGGCGAGUUCGAGCCCAAAAUUGAGAAAGAAUCUGAAGGGAUCUUCCGAUGUACUUACCAACCCCGGAAGAAGCAACACAAGCAAACGGUCAUGGUCAAUUUUGGUGGUGUCGCUGUGCCUGGCAGUCCGUUUAGGGUGCAGAAUGACAAUCUCAACGAUCCUUCAUUGGUCAAAGUGUAUGGACCGGGCGUCGAGGAUGGAGUGCAAGCCCGAAAGCCCAUCGAUUUUACCGUGGAUUGCCGAAAGUCUGGCCCGGGUGACCUUCAAGUUAGCAUCGAGAGCAAGACAAAGAAGAAGGUUCCCAUCAGUCUGAAGGAUAACAAAGAUGGAACCCAUUUGGUGAGCUACGAAGCUCCUGAGCCGGGCACUCAAACCAUCAUUAUCACUUUGGACGGUAAAGAAGUGCCUCAGAGUCCCAUCCAUGUGAAUGUGAAACCAGGGUUGGAUUUGAGCAAAAUUAAGCUCAAAGACUUUGAAACGGAAGUCUUUGUCGAUUGCACCAACGAGUUCGACGUGGACACCAGUGAUUUACCACCCAACCACACUGCUACGGUGGAAUGCUUCAUUAGUGGUCCAUCUGGAGAGCCAGUGGAUGCGUUUGUGAACAAGGAUGAACCCAAUGGACCUUUCCAUGUGAGCUACAUUCCUAAAGAAGAAGGAGAGCACGAUAUUCAUCUGAAAUACAACGGGCAAGUGUUGCCCGACUCUCCAUUUCCCGUGGUUGCCCUCGAAGGCUUCGAUCCUACGCGCGUUCAAGCCUUCGGAGAUGGUUUGGAUCAAGGUUUUGUCGAUGAGCCGAAUGAGUUCACCAUUGACACCAAGAAUGCAGGAGCCGGAGGACUGGGUCUCGCCAUUGAGGGGCCAUCUGAGGCCACCAUGACGUGCAAUGACAACAAGGAUGGUACUGCCACUGUGGAAUAUGUGCCAACAGAGGAAGGCGAUUACGAUGUGGCCAUUCGUUUUGGCGAUGAGCACAUUCCAGGGUCACCUUUCAAAGUACCUGUGGUCAGUCGUGACGGAGUAGGCCUGAGUAGCCAAGGCCGAGGUAAUCCAGAUGCGAAGAAGGUGUCGGCCUAUGGGCCAGGUUUAGAGCCCGGCAAUGUAUUCCCUGGUAAGCCAACAGAGUUUAUCGUGGAUUCGUCUGAAACCAGUGACGCUCCAGUCAAAGUGGAGAUUCGAGAUUCGGACGGAAAAUUGGUUCCCAAAAGGCCAAUCAUUGCCAAGAAGCCCAAGGGAAUUCAUGAAGUUUCUUACGUGCCUCCUCCGGUUGGAGAUCCUUACGAGAUUGCUGUUAAAUAUAAUGGCGACCACAUCCCUGACAGUCCAUUUUUAAUGACCAGUAACCCUAACUUGGACGAAUUUAUUGACAGCCCCCGAUCUUUGAGCCAACUUGGCUCACGCAAACCCAGUCGCGAUUCGGAUCAUCUUGAUUCGGCUUACACCAAGAACGGGACAGGAAUCCAACGAAAGUCUUCAAAAGAUAGCGAAGGUCGUGGAGUUGCGGACCUCAUCCGGAACACGUUGCCUUCCGGAUUCGGGAAGGAGCGUGGUGGUAGCCCCGACGAAGGUGAUGACGCCAUUGCGGAUCGAUCAACUGUCAAGCCUUUUGACAGAACCAACAGCCGAGACAUGUCAAGAUCAGGCCCUGGGACUCGGGAUCGAAAUGAACCUGGAAGAGCUGGAACAACCCCAAGCAGUCGGCCAACUUCUUCUAGAACAAGUCGUGAUUAUGGAGCUCACCCAGACAUUGAUGGUUCCAGAAGAGCGUCAAAUGCAAAUGACGGUGGACAUGGCGCUGGAGCGGCGCGAAAGAGCUUAGGUGGGGUCAUCGGUGCUAAGGAUGGAUCCACUCCUGAUGGUCGAAGAGGCUAUCCCUCUGGACGUGACGAGGGGUCAAGGAAGAGUUCCAGAGACUCUCAAAAUCCAGACGGCAAGGAUCACAUUGACUCAAGACGAGCUUCUCAAUCAGGGGGCAGCAAUUUUGGUUCAAGAAAAUCCUCUCGAGAUGAUGAAGGCAAUAUCAUUGGCUCAAAGCGCGAUGCUCGAGGUCCAACCAGCAUAGUGGAUCAAAGAAGAAGAGGAUCAAGAGACCACGAUGGGAGCAGAAGAGGCUCUAAUGCACCCAGAGCUCCAAAUUUUAAGAAGAACUCGAAGGGUUUGCCUAUUGACGAGAGCGGGAAAACUGUGCCUUUGGACAAGUUUGGUCGUCCAGUUGAUAGUGAAGGACGCCAUAUUGAUGAAAAUGGUCACUUAAUUGAUUCGAGAACACCACAAUUUCGAAAAGAUUCGAGAGGAAAUCCCGUGGAUGAAAAUGAAAGACCUUACACCCUGGACAAAAAAGGAAGGCCUAUCAACAAUCAAGGACAUCUUAUUGACGAGUUUGGUCGACCCAUUGAUGAGUAUGGAAGGCCUCUCAACCCUGAUGACUUCCCAUUGGACACUUACGCACGCCCAGCCGACGGUAGAGUUCCAAGAUUUCGACGAGAUUCGGGCGGAAAUUUGGUGGAUGAAUAUGGGCAACCUUUGCAAUUGGACCAAUACGGAAGACCCAUUGAUGAUCAAGGCCGUCUUAUUGAUGAGUAUGGAAGACCCAUUGAUGCGCGUGACCCACUUUUCAAGAGAAACUCUAAAGGCCAGGUGGUAGAUUCUGAUGGCCGCCCAGUUGAUGUGGAUCAGUUUGGACGACCAAUCAACAAGCAGGGAUCGUUAGUUGACGAGCUUGGUCGAGCUAUUGAUGAAUAUGGUCGCCCAAUUGAUGAGUUUGGUAGACCAAUUAACUCAUCUGGCCAACCAAUCAGCCCAUACCGAGGUUCCAUUGAUAACGGAACUCCGAAGUUUCGUAAAGACUCCCGCGGGAGACCCCUGGAUGUAGAUGGUCAUCCCCUUCCCACUGACGAGCUCGGUCGUCCAAUUGAUGCUCAAGGCAACCUCAUUGAUGAACUUGGAAACCCCGUGUUGGCCUCCCAACCGAAGUAUCGCAAAAACUCGCGAGGUCAAAUAGUUGAUGCCAACGGUGUCCCAAUGCAAUCCGACUCGCAUGGCAGACCUAUAAACAAACAAGGGCAGUUAGUGGAUGGCCACGGCGGCCUUAUUGACGACUAUGGCAAACCAGUUGAUUCUAAUGGCUUUCCAUUAAGUGAUUCUAGCCCUCAUUUUGACAGAGACUCAAAUGGCAACCCACUGGAUGUGAACGGGAGACCCUUGAACGUGGAUGAUCUGGGUCGACCUAUAGAUGAGGCCGGCAGACUAGUUGAUGAAUUUAGCAAUCCUAUUGACAGUUUUCAACCCAACUUUAGAAAGAACAGUCGAGGCCUCUCCGUUGGCCAUGAAGGUAAAGUCCUUAAGCUUGAUAAGCAAGGUCGCCCGGUUAAUGAGCAUGGACAAUUAGUGAACGAGCAUGACAAACCAAUUGAUUGCUAUGGGAAUCUUUUGCAUGAUGACAAAAUGCCCGAAGGUCAUCAGCCAAGAUUUCGGAAGGAUUCCAAAGGUAGUCCAGUGGAUGAGUUUGGAAGAAAAUUGGCAACAGAUAAGUAUGGAAGGCCGAUUGACGAUCAAGGACGCCUUAUUGAUGAGUACGGCAGACCUCUUGAUUCAAGAGAACCAUUAUUCAAGAAAAAUUCUCGUGGAGUACCUGUGGAUGAGAAUAAUGCACCGUUCUCUUUGGACAAAUACGGACGUCCAAUAAAUGAAAAAGGACACUUGAUUGAUGAAUUUGAAAGACCAAUUGAUGAGUAUGGAAGACCUCUGAAUUCGUCUCAAGACACUUCAAGUCAUCCAAUGCCGUCGGCCAGAUUGCCAUUUUUGAAGAAAGACCCUCAAGGCAACUUUGUGGACCCAUCUGGCUCAUCAGUACCGGUAGAUAAAAAUGGUUGUCCCAUUGAUAAAAACGGGAGACCAAUAGACGAAUAUGGAAUGCCUUUAAGCAAUUCAGCAAUUGCAUCUGGACUGGGCCCAAGAGUUCCUCAAUUCAAAAAAGAUUCCAGAGGAAAUCCCACUGACAAUAAUGGGAAGACAAUGAUGGUCGAUUCGGAGGGGCGACCCAUCAAUGAACACGGCAACCUUAUUGACGAAUUUGGAAUACCAAUAGAUGAAUAUGGAAAACCUUUGGCAAGUAGUGGACAGACCACACGUAGAGCCCCUAAUUUCAACAAAGACUUAAGAGGAAACCCAGUGGAUCACAAUGGCAGGCCUUUGCCACUCGAUUCACAAGGUCAUCCAGUUGACGCUCAAGGCCGACCAAUUGAUGAAUUUGGUCGCCCCUUGGACAGUUACGGUCAACCUUCAAGUAGAGCACCUACAUUCAGGAAAGAUUCAAGAGGAAACCCGGUGGACCACAAUGGCAAGCCUUUGCCAGUCGAUUCGCAAGGUCGUCCAGUUGAUGCUCAAGGCCGACCAAUUGAUGAGUAUGGCCGGCCUCUAGACAGUUAUGGUCAACCUUCAGGUAGAGCUCCUCAAUUCCGAAAAGACUCCAGAGGAAACCCGGUGGACCACAAUGGCAAGCCUUUGCCAGUCGAUUCGCAAGGUCGUCCAGUUGAUGCUCAAGGCCGACCAAUUGAUGAGUAUGGCCGGCCUCUAGACAGUUAUGGUCAACCUUCAGGUAGAGCUCCUCAAUUCCGAAAAGACUCCAGAGGAAACCCAAUUGAUCACAAUGGCAAGCCUUUGCCUGUUGAUUCACAAGGUCGUCCAGUCGAUGCUCAAGGCCGACCAAUUGAUGAGUAUGGCCGGCCUCUAGACAGUUAUGUUCAACCUUCAGGUAGAGCUCCUCAAUUCCGAAAAGACUCCAGAGGAAACCCAAUUGAUCACAAUGGCAAGCCUUUACCCGUUGAUUCACAAGGUCGUCCAGUCGAUGCUCAAGGCCGACCAAUUGAUGAGUAUGGCCGGCCUCUGGACAGUUAUGUUCAACCUUCAGGUAGAGCUCCUCAAUUCCGAAAAGACUCCAGAGGAAACCCAAUUGAUCACAAUGGCAAGCCUUUACCCGUUGAUUCACAAGGUCGUCCAGUCGAUGCUCAAGGCCGACCAAUUGAUGAGUAUGGCCGGCCUCUAGACAGUUAUGGUCAACCUUCAGGUAGAGCUCCUCAAUUCCGAAAAGACUCCAGAGGAAACCCAAUUGAUCACAAUGGCAAGCCUUUGCCUGUUGAUUCACAAGGUCGUCCAGUCGAUGCUCAAGGACGACCCAUUGACGAAUAUGGCAGGCCUCUGGACAGUUAUGGGCAACCUGCAAGUAGAGUUCCUCAAUUCCGAAAAGACUCGAGAGGAAACCCAAUUGAUCACAAUGGCAAGCCUUUGCCACUUGAUUCACAAGGUCAUCCAGUCGACGCUCAAGGCCGACAAAUUGAUGAAUAUGGUAGAUUGAUUGAUGGACUUGGCCGACCUAUUGAUGAGUAUGGAAGACCUUCAAAUAAUUUUUCAAGAAUACCACAAUUCCGCAAAAAUUCCAGAGGAACUCCUAUUGAUCAUGAUGGGAAACCAUUUGAAGUUGAUUCUCAAGGGCAACCCAUUAACAAUAUUGGUCAACUCAUCGACGAAUUUGGAAAUCCCAUUGACAAAUAUGGGAGACCACUUGAUGGUCAUCAAUCUGAAUCAGGGAGGGGCCCUCAUUUCAAACGAAAUUCAAUUGGCCAACCAUUGGAUCUUUAUGGCAAACCUCUCAACGUUGACUCUCAAGGGCGUCCCGUUAACUCACAAGGCCAACCUGUUGAUGAAUUUGGGAGACCAAUUGAUGAAUAUGGAAGGCCCUUGGAGGAGUCGCUUUCUAGAGGGACACGAGUGCCACAGUUCAGAAAAGACUCUUCAGGACAUCCAUUGGAUCAAAGUGGCAGGCCUCUGCUUGUUGAUGAAUUAGGCCGCCCCAUAGAUGACCAAGGACAGCUUAUUGAUGAAUAUGGCAGAGCCAUUGAUGAAACCGGAAGACCAAUUUAUGACUCAGCUCAUGAAGCCCCACGGUUCAAAAAAGAUUCAAACGGAAAACCUGUGGACAAAGAUGGAAAACCAUUCAAUCUUGACCCUUAUGGGAGACCUAUUGACGGUAAAGGCCGUUUGAUUAAUGAAACAGAAAGUCCGUUGGAGAGCUCUCAAAUAUCUGGAAGGGUGCCAAGCUUCAAGACAGACUCUAGUGGAACACCUUUGGAUCACAAUGGCAUGCCCCUUCCGGUUGAUACUUAUGGUCGUCCUAUUGAUGCUCACGGACGUCCAAUUGAUGAAUUUGGUAUUCCCAUGGAUGGUAGAGAGCCUGCAUUUAGAAAAGACUCCAAGGGAAAUCCAGUGAAUGCUUAUGGUCGCACAUUGCCUGUUGAUAAUUUAGGUCGACCUGUUGACGGUUGUGGGAAGCUGAUUGAUGAGUUUGGUCGACCAAUUGAUGUGUAUGGAAGGCCAAUUGAUGAUCAUGGUCGACUCCUGGAUAAGAAUGGAAAGCCUUUGGAAUGUAAAGGCCCUUACGAAAUGAUUGGUGGCAGAAAGGGAGAAGAAGGAGGACUUAGAAAUACUUCAGGUAGGAGUCCUGUGCACUCUAAGCAUGCCAUAAAAGACAAAGAAGUUGUUCCUCUAGAUUCAAGCAUUGCACAUUCCCCCUAUUCUUCAGGAGAUGUUUAUGGUAACCGACCAAUGCCAUUCAAUGACGUUAGAAGAGAAUCUGUUGUUCGAGAUACCCGAGGAGUUGGAUUUGUAUAUGACCCCUCGUCUGAGCCCAAUGUUGCUUCCCGUCGAACUUCUGGAUUAGCAUCAGCUCAUCCCUCUUCGAGAAAACCUUCCGAUAUUGUUGACCAACAACAAAAGGAUCGCUUGGAUUCAAAUGGAAAUGACAGGGCAAACAUCAGGAAAGCCUCCAGUGAUUAUGCAGGAUCCAACGAUAGUUCGCGUCGCACUUCUCAGCAAUCGGAUGGUUCUGGGCGUGGAAAGUACGGAAGUCGCCCAGGGUCUCGGCAAGACUUAUUUGAAGGGAAAAGUCCUUAUGGUAGCCGAUCAGGUUCAAGGGCUAGCCUCUAUAAUAAUGGAGUUGGCGAUGACCCAGCCAAACGGUCUCAUGGUAAUGGUGGAUCACGCAAUAGUUCACGAAAUGACACUUUUGAGACGGAUGACCCAGAUAACCACGACCCAACAUCGACCCUUGGUAGGCAUCAAUCACGACCUAAUGUGUUUGGAGGCCAUCCCAACUCUCAAAACAAUCAUUUACCUUUGGAAUUGAACAACAUUCCGUUACCUUGCUCAAAGGGUGAAGUUGACACUGUGGUGCGUACUCCUUCUGGAAAUAUAGUUCAUCCAUAUGUGGAGGAUAAUGGAAAUGGAUCCGUGGGUGUGUCUUUCCAACCACAGGAGCGAGGCCCUCAUUCGUUGGACGUUAAGCACAAUGGUGAACAUGUUCAAGGCUCGCCUUACAAGUUUUAUUCUAGUCCGUUGGAAGAAGGUCACGUUCAUGCCCAUGGACCCGGUCUUGUUCAUGCUGUGUGUGGGGAUCCAGCUGACUUUGUGAUAUCAACAAAAGGUGCAGGAGCAGGAGGAUUGGCUUUAGCCGUCGAAGGGCCAAGCAAAGCCGAAAUUAACUGUACGGAUAACAAGGACGGCACAGUGAACGUUUCCUACCUUCCAACUGCUCCAGGCGAAUAUAAGAUAUCGGCCAAGUUUGCUGAUAAACAUAUUGAAGGCUCCCCUUUCACUUGCAAGGUGACUGGAGAGGGCAAGAAACGCAAUGCAAUUUCGGUGGGGUCCAGUUCUGAGCUGUCACUGCCCGAUAAUCUGUCUGACUAUGACUUAAGAGCCUUAGAUGCCUACAUCAUUUCGCCAUCUGGAAAUGAAGAACCCUGUUUCUUAAAGAAGUUGCCCCAAGGAAACACCGGAAUAUCGUUCACUCCCAAGGAAACUGGCGAACACUUAGUGUCCGUAAAGCGCAACGAAAAACACAUCAAGAACUCGCCGUUCAAGAUUGUGGUUAAACCGGACGAUGUGGGCGAUGCGAGCCGUGUGAAAGUCACCGGAAGAGCCCUUUCCGAAGGUCGAACUCAGCAAGACAACACGUUCCACAUCGACACCAAGAACGCUGGGUACGGUGGUUUGUCUUUAUCCGUCGAGGGACCCAGUAAAGCUGAGAUCAAUUGCAAGGACCAUGAAGACGGCUCAUUGGACGUAUCAUAUUGUCCUACCCAACCUGGUUUAUACAUCAUUAACUUAAAAUUCGCCGACCAACAUGUUCCUGGAUCCCCAUUCGCUGCCGCCAUUAGCGGACCAGGUUUGGAGAGCAAACACGAGCGAAUCAACCACUUACGAGAAGCUGUGCCGGUAACGGAAGUGGGCAGCCAAUGCCGGCUCACAUUCAAGAUGCCAGGAAUCAAUGCAAGAGAUCUUGAAACCGAGGUGAAAUCGCCAUCUGGCAAGGUAAACAAAGCUGCCAUCACCGAGAUUGAGGACGGUCUCUAUGCCGUGAACUUCGUGCCUUACGAACUGGGAAUACACACCGUUAGCGUUCAAUAUCAUGACUUGGACAUUCCUGGAUCCCCAUUUCAAUUCACGGUGGGACCCCUACAGGACGGUGGUGCUCAUCGCGUUCAUGCUGGUGGCUCUGGGCUUGAGCGAGGAGUUCAAGGUCAACCAACUGACUUCAACAUCUGGACUCGGGAGGCUGGACAUGGAAGUUUGGCCAUUUCGGUGGAAGGCCCAAGCAAGGCCGUGGUGGACUUUAAGGACAGAAAGGAUGGCUCUUGCUUCGUAAGUUACACCGUGGAAGAACCCGGAGAGUAUUCCGUUGGCAUUCGAUUCAAUGACCAACACAUUCCGGGGUCACCUUACAAGGUUUACAUUCAACCCGCGUCGGAUGAGGCCGAAAGGAUUAGAAUGUCUAAUUUGGCCGAGAGUCCAGUGAAACCAGAUGCCCCUCAAACUAUGUUGCUCAAUAUGAAUGGUGCUGAUGGAGACGUCGAAUGUCGCAUUGUGGCUCCUUCUGGACGCGAAGAUGAUUGUUUCUUGACCCCAUUGGGCAAUGGAGAACAUUCUGUUCGAUUUGUUCCGAAGGAAGAGGGCGUUCACUACCUUCACGCUCGAUUCAAGGGCGUUCACAUUCCGGAUUCGCCUUUCAAAAUCAUCGUGGGCAAUCUCAACGCCAAUAACGAUCCAUCCACGGUGAGCGUGAGUGGGCGCGGAAUUCAAACCGGUAUCACCGGUGAAAAAUCCACUUUUGUGAUCGACACGUCCAGCGUGGGGGCGGGCACACUUUCAAUCACAGUUGACGGGCCAUCCAAAGUGGACUUGGCCUGUAAUGAAGUGGAUAAUGGUUACGAAGUCUCAUACACGCCCAUGGUACCUGGCCGUUACUACGUCACCGUCAAGUACAACGGCAAGAACAUCACUGGCUCACCCUUCUCUGUCUAUAUCAACGGUGAGAACUUGGGCGAUUCGCUCAAUCGACAACGUAAAUCGUCGAGAUCAUCCAUGACUAUGGAGACCCUGAAGAGGACAUCUUAUAUCCGUCAUCAAUACACCGAGUCCAGAACCUCGUCGUCUCAGUCGUUUUCGAGGUCGAUGCUGCCACUUCAGGGCGUGCCCGCAACUGGCUCGCCGGACACAAAAUCGGAUUUCUCCAAAGUCCGAUGUGCCGGUAGUGGACUUAUGAAUGCCCGCACUCUGCGGCACAAUAGCUUUCAAGUGGAUUGCAGUCAAGCCGGAGAUAACAUCUUGUUCGUAGGGAUCUGGGGACCAGACGUGCCUUGUGAAGAGGUGGUGAUCAAGCAUCAGGGCAACAAGAAGUAUUCGGUCGAUUACUACGUCAAGGACAAGGGGAAAUAUAUCAUCUACAUCAAAUGGGGAGAUGAUCACAUUCCUGGUUCCCCAUUCCACAUCGAAGCCGUUUAGGUUCAUCAGAAGGUUUCAAUCCUCUCUACCCAGAAGAAUCAUUCCAUGCAAAAAAGACACAAUUUAAUGAGCUGAUUCAGGCUCUCCAGAUGUUUUAUAACCUUGUCCCUACCAGUAGCAGCACACUUUUUUCAGCUUCUUGUAUCAUAGUGCCUCUGCUUUGACAUUCUGUAAAAAGAAACUCAAAUAUUUUUGAAUGGCUGCCUUUCUUAUGACGCUGCAAUCACAUUUUAUUCCUCGUGCUAUUUAUCAAACCUAACCUUACAUUUAUGAUUAUAUACCUUUUAUGUCGUGGCUUCAACAAUUGAAACAAAAAAGAAUAAACAACGCGGAGAGAAGAUAAAAGAAAA